GCCGUAAUCCGAAGAAAACUCAGCCGCUCUAUUUCACGAACUCUAAAACUCCAUUGCCGUUCCAAAUCUCUCUCUCAGAAACGGAGAGAUAGGAAAACGAUAAUGGCGGCAGAGUCAAUGAGAGCAGCUUCUUCUGUGUGCAAUUUCAAUGGCUCUCAGAGAAGGCCUGCAUCGCCUCUCUUUCGAACUCCCUUUCUACUUCGUUCUUCGCGAACUUUCUCUUCCUUUACUCUGUCUUCCCGCUCCCAAUUUUUCGGUAGAAACCUUCGUCUGGCCUCAUCACCUCCCUCAAACCUCUGUAAGAACAGACGCAACCUCUCUGUCUUUGCUAUGGCUGCCGAAGAUGGAAAGCGCUCGGUCCCGCUAGAAGACUAUAGGAACAUUGGAAUCAUGGCUCAUAUUGAUGCCGGUAAGACGACUACAACAGAGCGUAUUCUAUACUACACAGGGAGAAACUACAAGAUAGGGGAAGUACACGAGGGAACGGCGACAAUGGACUGGAUGGAGCAAGAACAAGAAAGAGGAAUAACCAUUACUUCUGCUGCAACUACUACAUUCUGGAACAAACACCGUAUUAAUAUUAUUGAUACACCGGGUCAUGUUGAUUUUACACUUGAGGUGGAGCGUGCGCUUAGAGUGUUGGAUGGUGCAAUAUGCCUAUUUGACAGUGUUGCUGGAGUUGAACCACAAUCUGAAACUGUGUGGAGGCAGGCUGAUAAGUAUGGAGUUCCCAGAAUUUGCUUUGUCAACAAAAUGGAUCGCCUUGGAGCUAACUUUUUCCGAACAAGAGACAUGAUUGUCACAAAUUUGGGUGCCAAGCCACUUGUUAUUCAAUUACCAAUUGGCUCUGAAGAUAACUUUAAGGGUGUUAUUGAUCUUGUGAGGAUGAAAGCUAUAGUUUGGUCGGGAGAAGAGUUGGGUGCUAAGUUUGCGUAUGAAGAUAUUCCAGAAGACCUUAAGGAUCUCGCUGAAGACUAUCGAUCUCAGAUGGUUGAGACUGUUGUCGAGUUGGAUGAUCAAGCCAUGGAUAACUACUUGGAAGGAAUUGAACCUGAUGAGUCGACCAUUAAGAGGCUUAUUCGGAAGGGGACGAUAUCUGCUUCAUUUGUUCCUGUAUUGUGUGGCUCAGCUUUCAAAAACAAGGGGGUCCAACCAUUGCUUGAUGCUGUUGUGGACUAUUUACCUUCACCGGUUGAGUUGCCGCCCAUGAAGGGAACUGACCCGGAGAACCCAGAACUGAUAGUUGAGAGGGCUGCCAGUGAUGACGAACCAUUUUCAGGACUAGCUUUCAAGAUCAUGAGUGAUCCUUUCGUAGGAUCACUGACAUUUGUGAGAGUAUACGCAGGUAAACUUUCUGCAGGAUCUUAUGUAUUGAAUUCGAACAAAGGAAAGAAAGAGAGAAUUGGUAGACUUCUUGAAAUGCAUGCAAACAGCAGAGAGGAUGUAAAGGUGGCCCUUGCUGGGGAUAUUGUUGCUCUUGCCGGUCUUAAAGAUACCAUUACUGGUGAAACCCUGUGUGAUCCAGAUAAGCCUAUUGUACUUGAACGGAUGGACUUCCCUGAUCCUGUGAUUAAGGUUGCAAUCGAGCCCAAAACUAAAGCUGAUGUCGAUAAGAUGGCAACUGGUUUAAUCAAGCUGGCUCAAGAAGACCCAUCGUUCCACUUCUCACGUGAUGAAGAGAUUAACCAGACUGUGAUUGAAGGCAUGGGAGAGUUGCAUCUUGAAAUCAUUGUUGACAGGCUCAAGAGGGAAUUCAAGGUUGAAGCUAAUGUCGGUGCGCCGCAAGUUAACUACCGAGAAAGUAUUUCGAAAAUUUCGGAAGUGAAGUAUGUGCACAAAAAGCAAUCCGGUGGUCAAGGACAGUUUGCUGAUAUUACAGUGCGGUUCGAACCCAUGGAAGCAGGCUGUGGAUACGAGUUCAAAAGUGAAAUCAAGGGAGGAGCAGUGCCAAAAGAAUACAUUCCUGGGGUGGUCAAGGGAUUGGAAGAGUGUAUGAGCAAUGGGGUUCUUGCUGGCUUUCCCGUGGUUGACGUUCGCGCGGUGCUCGUUGAUGGUACAUACCAUGAUGUAGAUUCAAGUGUGUUGGCCUUUCAACUUGCAGCCAGGGGAGCUUUCAGGGAAGGGAUGAGGAAAGCAGGUCCUAAAAUGCUCGAACCAAUCAUGAAAGUUGAGGUUGUGACCCCAGAGGAACAUCUUGGAGACGUAAUUGGAGAUCUCAACUCCAGGAGAGGACAGAUCAACAGCUUUGGUGACAAGCCUGGGGGUCUCAAGGUGGUGGAUUCGCUGGUUCCUCUAGCAGAGAUGUUUCAAUACGUCAGUACGCUAAGGGGGAUGACAAAAGGGAGAGCUUCAUACACAAUGCAAUUGGCCAAGUUCGAUGUGGUACCUCAGCACAUCCAGAACCAGCUUGCUACCAAGGAGCAAGAAGUUGCUGCUUGAUUUUGGUUCCUGUUUUGAACAACCUGCGAUUCUUUGUCUGUUGGGUCAGGGGCUUGGUGUUAUUAAAUUAUGCCAUGUUUGUGCAAAGAUGAUUGCUGUUCCUGGGACACUUAGCCCUUCAAGCAAGGUGUACUUAUUCAAGUACUUGGCUGUCCAUUUGUUAAAUUUCGACCCAAUUGAAUCAAUUUUGAAUGUAUAAUUAAUUUCCCAA